CGGACCGAACCCGUGGCUGUCAGUGCUGCUCCGCCUCGGUGCUCGGAACCCCGGUGCCGUUCGCGCUAUGUCGGCCCCACCGCAGCUUCGAGUUGUCCUCCAGAUGGUCAACAAACUGCUGCGUAAUCGUCGCUACCAUGCUGCGCUGGCUGUGCUUAAGGGCUUCCGGAACGGGGCCGUCUACGGAGUCAAGAUCCGGGCCCCUCACGCGCUGGUCAUGACCUUUCUCUUCCGGAGUGGCAGCCUGCGGGAGAAGCUGCGAGCCAUCCUCCAGGCCACGUACAUCCACUCCCGGAACCUGGCCUCCUUCGUGUUUGUCUACAAGAGCCUCUGUGCCCUGCAGUCGAAAGCGCAGGGCCAGACCUACCAGGCGCACUCGUUUCUGGCCGCCGUCAUCGGGGGCAUCCUCGUGUUUGGCGAGAACAACAACAUUAACAGCCAGAUCAACAUGUACCUGACUUCGCGGGUCCUGUUUGCCCUGUGCCGCCUGGGUGUGGAGAAGGGCUACAUCCCCGAGCCGGCCUGGAACCCCUUCCCGCUCUUCACCGGGCUGGUGUGGGGGCUGGUGAUGUGGCUCUUCGAGUACCACCAGCGCACACUGCAGCCCUCGCUGCAGUCCUCCAUGACCUACCUAUACAAGGACAGCAAUGAGUGGCAUGACAUCUCGGACUUCCUCAUUUACAAUAAGAGCCGCCCGGCGAAUUAAGGUGGCGGCGGCCACCCACACUGAGCCAGCCAGGCAGCCACCAGCCUGACCCCAGGCGGGCUCGGGCUCUGCUGGAGGACCCAUGGCGCCUUCUCACCUGCCGCAGUCUCCUGCUCCGGCUCUGAUUGUUCCAGGGACUCAUUUGCCCACGGGAAAGCACCAAUUUUUGGAUCCUAUUUAGGUACUCGGGUCAGGUGGAGCAGGACUGGGGUGCCUGGGGUCUGCUCCAGCUCUGCUGCCGCUUUCUCUGGGACCAGGGAGAGGCCGCCCCGCAGCUCAGAGCGAGGCCUGUCUCCUCUCAUUGGGCCUGUGGAUUAGGGACAUGAGCUACAAAUAUGGAUUUUUUUUUUGAAGUAUUCAA